UAAAUAAUAAUACUCUUCAUCAUCUCUAAAAAGUAGCAACAAUGGCACUUUGUUUUGUUGUUGUGGUAUUAUUGUUUUAUUAUGCAUGGAAAGUGUUGAAUUGGGUGUGGUUUACGCCGAGAAAUCUCGAAAAACGCCUCAGAGAACAAGGGUAUAAUGGGAACUCUUACAAAAUAUUAUUUGGAGACUUGAAAGAGAUGGCCUUCAUCAUCAAACAAUUCAACUCCAAGCCCGUAAGUUUCUCCCGUGAUACGGUGGUGCCUAGAGUGAUUCCCUUCAUCUCUAAAACCGUCGAAAAAUAUGGUCCGAAAUCGAUUAUGUGGUUUGGGCCGCGCCCUGCAAUUCUUUGUUUCGACCCUGAAAUUGUACGAGAGGUUUUGUCGAAAAGUUACGUUUUUCAAAGGCCGCCUUUAACUCCAUUAACUAAGUUGCUAGUGCAAGGAGUUGGUGCCUAUGAAACAGAGAAAUGGGCUAAGCACCGAAGACUAGUCACUCCUGCCUUUCACCCCGACAAGUUGAAGAAUAUGCUUCCAGCCUUCUACUUGAGUUGUAAUGAUAUGUUGAGCAAAUGGGAAGAGAUUGUAAUAAGUGAUGAUGGAUCAUGUGAAGUUGAUGUGUGGCCGUAUCUUCAAAAUAUGAGCAGCGACGUAAUUUCAAGAACGGCUUUCGGUAGUAGCUACGAAGAGGGAAGAAUAGUAUUCGAACUUCAACGAGAACAAACCGAGCUCUAUGGUCUAGCAUCGCAGUCCGUGUACAUCCCAGGGUGGAGGUUUUUGCCAACAAAGAUUAAUAAAAGGAUGAAAGAGAUAGCAAAAGAAGUUCAAUCUUGUGUAUUGGGGAUAAUUAAUAAAAGGAUGAGGGAAAUGGAAACAGGGGAAGCUAAUAGUGAUGACUUAUUGAGUAUUCUAUUGGAAUCCAAUUCCAAAGAAAUCCAACAAAAUGGGAAUAAAUAUGGGAUGAGUUGUGAAGAAGUGAUUGAGGAGUGCAAGCUUUUUUACUUUGCAGGGCAAGAGACAACGUCGGCUUUGCUCGCGUGGACUAUGAUUUUGUUGAGCAAGCACUUGGACUGGCAAUCUCGUGCCAGAGACGAGGUGCUCCGAGCUUUUGGGACGAGAAAACCAACUUUUGACGAGCUCAAUCAAUUGAAAAUUGUAACCAUGAUAUUUCAUGAGGUCCUAAGGCUAUACCCUCCAGUACCCACACUCACUAAAAUGACUCAAAAAGAAACUUCGAUGGGAGAGGAAAAAAUACCGGCCGGAGUGAAAAUCAUAAUACCGUCAAUUUUAAUACACACCGACAAAGAAAUAUGGGGGGACGAUGCUAAGGAGUUCAACCCGCAUAGGUUCAAUGAAGGAUUUUCAAAGGGCCAAAUUCUCUCAUACUUCCCGUUUGGUUGGGGACCUCGGAUUUGCAUCGGCCAGAGUUUUGCAAUGUUAGAGGCUAAGAUGGCUUUGACUAUGAUUUUACAGCGGUUUUCUUUCGAUGUUUCUCCUUCGUAUGCACAUGCUCCUCGUACUGUCAUAGCACUUCAACCUCAAUAUGGAGCUCAACUACUUUUGCAAAAACUAUAGA